AGCUGUUCCAAUUUCCUAAAAAAUUCAAACGUUGCGUUUUAGAACGUUUGAAUUAUUUAAACCCUACUAAAAAACCAAUUCAAAAAUCAUUCCCACAAAACCCCAAUUCCACAACAAUUCUCAAAAACUAUUCACACAAUGAUUCCAGAAAUUUAUGUUGAAGACGUUGAUUCACAACCAGAGAUGUGUGAUUCCGAUGAUUCUCAAGAUGACCCAAGCUUCGACAUCUUAGAAGAGACUCAAUCUAGACUUUCUAAUCUCUCCAUCAAGAACAAAUCCAAAUCUCGUAUUCCCGUGAAAGUUGUCGAUGAUGUUGAUUGUAUAGAGAUUGUGGAGCCAGUGUUGGAUGCAAACGACCAAAAAACUUAUGAGAUCGUUCAAAAGACCAUUGAAGUUGGUCAGGUGGAGAAACUGAAAGUGGAACAAUGUAAGCUGUAUCUAAGGAAACACGGCUUGAGAUUAACAGGCAAGAAAGAUAUCCUCAUUGAUCGUAUCAAGGAGCACAUUAGUAUUAUGAAUGGUGAAGGAGAACAUAAAUACCCUGCUUCAAGUUUUGUUAUGAACUGUAAAGGUGAUGCAUGCACAGGAGACAUUGUUAUGUUUGAACAAAAUGUUUAUGAAAUGUUUAGUAUUGUAUCAAGGAGUGCUAAUGGUCCUCCUUGUGGAACAAGAAUUGUAGCAGGAAGAAUUGUAAAAGAAAGCUAUGGUGCUGCUAAACAACAACAUACAUUUACAGUUGAGGUUUUAUGGAGCAAAGGGGUGAAACCACUUCCUCCACUUCAUCCUUUACUCAUCAAAGGGAGAAAUCUUUAUAGGUUAAAGACAAUGAGACAGAGAUGGGAAGAUGAAAGUGAAAGGCAGAAAAUUUUGUCUGAAAAACAUGCGAGAGGUAAUGCAGCAAGAACUAAUAGGGAAACACGAAUUCAAGAAAAGGAAAAGAAGAAAGCAUUAAGGGAAAACAAGUCAUCAAAAGGGAACAUUCAGAAUUCAAGGAAUUCCAUAAAUUUGCAUAAUAAAUCUAUUCAACAUGAAGCUAAAAUUUUGUGUGUGGGAUUGAUUGAUAAUAAUAAUCACCAUGGAGGAUCAUAUAAAGAAAAUGUCAACUGUAAUACUUUAAGGAAUCCGGUUAGAAGGGAUUGUAAUAUGGAGUUUUAUCAUCAUCAUCCUUUAAGACAAUUUGAAAGGCGUGAGUAUGAUGAUAUGAGAGAAAGUAUGGGCCCACAAAGCUAUAUUUUUCAAGGAGGUGGCAACAAUGGAUAUAAACCAAUGGGCCACAAUCAAGUACAAAGGGGGCAGUUUUGCAAAUAUCAAGAGAAGAGGGGGCAGUUUUGCAAAUACUAUGCACAAGGAAGGUGCACAUAUGGAACUAAUUGCAAAUUUCUGCAUUGAACAUGCAAAUAUCAAUUGCAAAUUUUAUAAUAAAUCUAUUAUUAUGCAUCUGGCUAUGAUGCUGUUUUUUUUAGAUGGCAUUUUAACAUUCAAGGGUUGUGUUUGUGA